AAGCCUUAAGCAGAUAUUUAAAUGACAUUUACCGCUUGUCAGAUCAUCAUCAGAAACAUUAGCUUGAUGUAAAUGCAACAUCAUACAGCUUCAAAAUAUUAAAAACUAUAUAGAUAGAUUUGAUCUUUAAGUCACAGGGAGCUGAGGAAACGAGUUGGUACAAAAAGAAGGACUUGGACGAUUGGAGGAAAAUUUAGAGUCGGGGCAAAAUGGCAAGUCCGAGCAAAAAGGCAAAAAAACCGAUCACCAAGGUGUUAAAUGAUCCCAUCCAUGGUCACAUGGAGUUACACCCACUCCUCAUCGAGAUCAUUGACACACCUCAGUUCCAGAGACUUCGAUUCAUAAAGCAGCUUGGAGGUGUCUACUCAGUUUACCCCGGAGCAUCUCACAACCGCUUUGAACACUCGAUCGGGGUGGGAUACUUAGCAGGAAAACUUGCUGAGGCUCUCAGGUCGAGGCAGAAACUCAAGAUCACUGACAGAGACGUCCUUUGUGUUCAGAUUGCUGGCCUCUGUCAUGACCUGGGUCAUGGACCCUUUUCCCAUCUGUAUGAUGGAAUGUUCCUCCCCAAAGCACUGGAAAAGAAGGAAGAAAUGAGAAGAAAUGGGGAAUUGGGAGAAGAGGACAAAUUGGAGGAAUGGAAGCAUGAAAAGGGCUCUUGUGACAUGCUAGACCACCUGGUGGAACAGAAUAAUCUUAAACCAGCGAUGAAGAAGUAUGGACUGAUCCCUGAAAAAGACAUGACAUUCAUUAAGGAGAUGAUUGCUGGACCUCUACAUGAAUCUAAAAGCGAGAAGGCAAGUUCACCUCAUUAUGUUAUUCAGAAGUCGGAUAAGAUACUGUAUGAAUAUAACAUAAGAGAAGAUAAAACUUUAUUCAUCCCACAACGGGCAGAAAAGAGCAAGGAUAGCCAAAAAAGAGCACACAGUGCACAAUUCAAUAGAAAAUAGAUCAAAAAAGUUGAGGAGCCAAAAGAGUGUGAUUGCUGUGUUCACAUAUGUAUGAACAAACCGGGCU